CCGGCGAGCGCAGCCCGGGACCGAGCGGGGCGGAGCGGCUGGCGGGGCCGGCGGCUGCUGGAGCGAGAGCGCGACGCGACCGCGGCUUCCCGAGCUCCGCCUGGCCGCCCAGCGCCGCAGCCCGCCCGAGGCCUGGAGGGUCCGGGCCGGCGUCCAUGGUCGCGGGGUCCUGAGGCGGGGGACGCGCCCGGUGCCCCCAGCCCUCCUCAGCCUCCUCCUGUCCGGCGGGCGGCCUCCUCCGGCGCCUCCCUGCGCCCGCCCGCCGCCUCCCUCCCUCCUUCCCUGCGGCUCCCCCGGCUUUCGGGAGCCCGGGGGCGGCCUGUGGCGCGCCGAGCCCGCGCCGGACUGCGCCUCUUUGGACCUUGAGGGGAAACAUGCGUUUGGCUUGGAUCGUUUUAAAUUCUUAGUUUGGGAUCCCCGCCCGCCUGCCUCUUCCGCCCCGCGGGUUUUCUUUUCUUUUUUCUUUUUUUUCCCUUUUUUUCCUCCGGGUCUCCUUUUUGACUCCCUCCCCAUUUAUGCUCGCCCAACCCUCCCCCCGCUGCUGAGAAGUGGGGGAGGGUCUCGGCCUCCAGGUUCCCGCCCCACCGGGGCCCGGGCGAGCAUGGGGGGCAAGCAGAGCACGGCGGCCCGCUCCCGGGGCCCCUUUCCGGGGGUCUCCACCGAUGACAGCGCCGUGCCCCCGCCGGGAGGGGCGCCCCACUUCGGGCACUACCGGGCGGGCGGCGGGGCCAUGGGGCUUCGCAGCCGCUCGGUCAGCUCGGUGGCGGGCAUGGGCAUGGACCCCAGCACGGCCGGGGGGGUGCCCUUUGGCCUCUACACCCCCGCCUCCCGGGGGACCGGCGACUCGGAGAGGGCGCCCGGCGGCGGAGGGUCUGCGUCCGACUCCACCUAUGCCCAUGGCAAUGGUUACCAGGAGACCGGCGGCGGUCACCAUAGAGACGGGAUGCUGUACCUGGGCUCCCGAGCCUCGCUGGCGGAUGCUCUACCUCUGCACAUCGCACCCAGGUGGUUCAGCUCGCACAGUGGUUUCAAGUGCCCCAUUUGUUCCAAGUCUGUGGCUUCUGAUGAGAUGGAAAUGCACUUUAUAAUGUGUCUGAGCAAACCUCGCCUCUCCUACAACGAUGACGUGCUGACGAAAGACGCGGGUGAGUGUGUGAUCUGCCUGGAGGAGUUGCUUCAGGGGGACACGAUAGCCAGGCUGCCCUGCCUGUGCAUUUAUCACAAAAGCUGCAUAGAUUCGUGGUUUGAAGUGAACAGAUCUUGUCCAGAACAUCCCGCAGACUGACCCUGCUGGGCUCGCUUGCUGACUCCUCUCAAAGGGACAGCCAGCCCCCGUUCCUGAGAGGAGGCAUCGGACACGGGCAGAGCUGAGCUGGGGACACCAGUGGGAACAGGGCACCCCUUCUGCACUGACUUCCAGAGAACGGUUCUCCCUUUCUCCCUGAGGACACCAAAUUGGAUGAGAGCGAGUUUGAGAGAAGAAUCAACUGCUAUCCUUCCCCUCACCCCUCAUCCCAGGAGGGAAAGGGCAUUUUCUUUUACACCUUUGAAAGGCGUUGUGGGUCUGUCUAAAGUGUUUACAAAAAAAAAAAAAAAAAAAAUUAUAAAAAAAAGUCUAGUGUCGACUGGUGUUUUCCCUCGUGAUGUUUACAGAUUGCUGUCUGCCGCCCGGCUAGAACCCCCUCAGUGACAGAGAUGAACGGGGCCGUGCACGGUCUCCUGUGCCCAAUGCCCCCCUGUCGGCCCUCUAUCACCAACCAUUCUGCCUUGGGUGGUGGCUUUUGUUUUUGUUUUUGUUUUUUGGGGGGUUGUGGUUGUUUGUUUGUUUCCUCCAUUAUUCUGGCUUGGUUUUGCACUUUUCUCCCCUUGGGACCCUGAUGUGUAACUUCAUUGCCAAAAAAACAACCCAUCAAGGAUCUUCUCCUCUCCAUUCCCUUUUCCUCUCCCUCCUUCGCUCCUGGUUCUGGUCAGUUCAGAGGAUUUAACAAUCACAGGUGUCCUGCAAAAAUGCCUGAACAUUUUUCUUAGACCCUUGUGGAUUUUUUUUUUUCCAGAAAACUUAGACAAAAGACUUAUUAAAGGAAUAUGUACAGUUA